UCGCUGCAAUUAGUUUUUAUUUCUUUGCUGAGCCAAACGCCUCGCGAAUCGUCGCGAUCGGGCAUUUCAUACAAAUUAUUGCUAAGGAUCCGGAGUACGGGGAAUUUUCGCGGAAAUCAUCGGCGCGCUUACAGUACUUUUGUGGAAGUGGAACUGGGACUGGGACUGACAUUCGGCAGAUUAGCAUUCGGAGAGCUGUGAAAAUGUUUCGUAAUUUUGUGAAUUUUACAAACAAAUACAAAAUCGUCCGGGGCAUGAUAUCAUAUGGCACCCUCUGGCCCUGCGGUUCCCUCAUUGAGCAAACUCUGAUCGAAAAGAAGACAUUCCGAACGUACGACUGGAUGAAGUGUCUCAGAUUUAGCUUAUUCGGCUUCUUUUUCAUGGGCCCAACCAUAUAUGUGUGGAUCCGACUGGCGGGCGUUAUGUGGCCACGCACCGAUAUUAAGUCAUCGUUGUGCAAGGCGAUCACCGAACAGACCGCAUAUGACCCGAUGGCCAUCAGUUCUUUUCUCUUCUUCAUGACCCUGAUGGAGGGCAACACAUACGCAGACGCCAGGCGGGAGGUCAGCGAUAAAUUCCUGGACGCCUACAAGGUGGGCGUUAUUUAUUGGCCCUGCGUGCAGACGGUGAACUUCGCCUUCGUGCCGGCGCGGAACCAGGUCAUCUUCACCUCCUUCUUCAGCAUGUGCUGGACCACGUUUCUGGCCUACGUCAAGUUCCUGCAGCUGCAUCCACCAGUGGACGUGGACCACCAUGCCAUGGACAUUCACUUCCUGGAGAUGUGAGUCCCGAUUGGAGUUGAAAUCUAAGUCGGAGUUCCAGCCAUCUAAUUUUUAUUAUUUAUUUAUUUCUAUUUUAUGAGGUCUAUUAAAAAUUUAUAAAUUUAUGUGAGUCCAUUAAAUGCGGCUGAUAAAUGAGUUUAGAUAA